AUGUCAUCGCAAGUGGUUUUUCGUGAUCGAAAUCGAAUUCGUUGGGAAUUCAAAGAUUUCAAACAUGACGAAGUUGCCAUGAGAUAUAGUGAUCCAUUCAAAAUCGAGAAUUUGUUGUGGAAAAUUGGAAUCGAAGUGAGAAAUAGCGAACUAUGGGCGAUUUUGAGAUGCGAAAAAGAAAACGAUGAGAAGAAGCUGUGGAUUUGCGCUGCAACAAACAUCGAUUUCACAUCGUUCAUGAGCCAAAAAAACGGAGAGCGUAAUUCUGCUGAAAAAGAGGAGGCGUGGGAACGAAAACAAAUCACCACCAAGUAUUUCACCAAUUCACACAAGGAAAAUGGACAAAAAGUGUGCUCGAAGUAUAUUUGGUCACGCGGAAAUACUUUUGCGAAUUUCGCAAAUAAUUCGCCAAUUGUUAUCGACAUCGAGUUCGCCACUAUUUUGUAUGAUUUUUCGGAGAAUAUUCUAGCUGAUAUGGUUUUCAAUGUUGAUGGCGUGCAAUUUCUCAUGAACAAAGCGGUAAGCUAGAUUUUCUGACAUUCCCAAUUGAAUUCUCAAUUUUCAGCUGUUCUACAUCGUUUCCGAUUACUUUUUCAAUCUUUUCGUCACUCUAAAAUAUGCCAAAAACUACUUUGAUGUCAAAAACGUCACCGUCGACGAAUUUCUCAGUUUCCUGGUGGCAAUUCAUCCAACUUCAAUUAUCCUUCCCGAUUUUCAUCGUGAGAAAAUCGUCGAAUUAGCAGACACCUACAAAAUUCGCUCGAUUCACAUGAAAAAUGAGGCGUUUUUGAUUGAAAAUUUGAACGAAAAUCAAAAAGUUCUCAUCGAUUCGUUGAAGUUGGCUGAAAAACAUGGCUACCAAAAAUUGCUCAAUAAAUGUCUUGAUUUAUUGGAUUGUCGGGAAACUAUCAAAAGAAUCGGAGAGACGAAAGAAUUCGCCGAACUUGGAGGAGAAACCAAGGCAAAGGUUCUUCAGAAAAUUUUAAAGUUUGUUUAA